CACAAUCUUAGUGACAAGAUCCAUGACCGCGUCCGAGAUAUCGCCACUGCUGCGACCACACCAACCCAGCGGCAACAGCGCCAGUCCGCAGAGUAAACCAUGGAUGAAAGCUGUGUUGAUGAUCAUGCUCGCAAGUGUGUUGUGUGUCCUCAACGUCGCCUCUUUUCGUUCCGAGAGCGUCCCUGAAUCAAUCAUCGAGGAACAUUACGACGUCAUUGUGGUUGGCGGGGGUCCAGCUGGCUCGGUCGUGGCGAGUCAACUGCUCGCAAAGUCCCCGUCGUUGUCGGUGUUGUUGAUCGAAGCCGGCGACGCCACGCAGUCCGCGCUAGGGGGGACCUUUCACUCGUCAUUCACCGACACUUCCCUGCCGACGCACUGGACGCCGUUCGACGUGCCGUUCUACUGGAGCCACGUGGCACAUCUAGAAGCGUUUCACUGGAACGUGUCCAACACGUUCAUUGCCAAAGCCUUGGGCGGUUGCGGCAUCCACAACGCCAUGCUUUACGUUCGCGCGUUGCCGGAGGACAUUUUGGCUUGGAAUAUGGCGCCAAUAUGGACAUGGGAUGUCGCACAAGCCAUCUACAUCGCCACGGAAGACUACGACGGGCCAAAGAAUCUGCCACAUCAUGGCUACCACGGCCGCGUUCGAACGACUCGACCCAAACUCCUCGAGACGGCGUCGGCAGCGUUUGUAGCUGGUUGUGCCCAAGUCGGUGAUAUAUACAUAUCUUUCCAGCUCAUAUGUGCGGGGUUACCACAGUCGGAGGAUUUCAAUGCGCCAAAUGGACGUUUCGGGGUCGGGUAUUACGACUUUAACAUUCGAAACGGCGUUCGGGACAGCGCGGCCAUGACGUUUUUAAAACCGCUCUUGACAACUCCGAGUCCGCGCUUUCGCCUGCGCUUGAAUACGUUGGUCGAGAAAGUGAAUAUCGACGACAAACAUCGUGCUGUGAGCGUGAACAUUCGAACAAGUACCAGUAUCUCCUCUAUCAUUCACGCCACAGAAGCCAUUGUGCUCACCGCCGGUGCAAUUCACACGCCAAAGCUGCUUACUUUAUCUGGGAUCGCAUCCAAGAAUGUAUUGGCGGACUUGGACAUUCCAGUUGUGGUCGACUUGCCUCUUGUGGGCAACAACCUCCAGGACCACCCUGCUAUUGCCCUGUUGUUUCAAGCUCAAACUCCAUUGGACAUCAAUUUCACGACCGCGUGGGAGGACUAUAUACACAGGGCAGCAACCGGAUGGCUGAGUACGCCAGGACUUGCUGCUGGAGCGUUCUUAGUUCCACCUGGCAGCACCGCGCCGCAGCUCCAGCUCACGUUUUUCCCUCGAAAUUCCGAGCCCCAGUGGACUAAUGCUUCGAACAGUCAAUUGCUGUUUACAAUUGCCCUUUUGGCUCCCGAAGCCAGGAAUCGAGUCGUGGUUACGUCGAAACACAUGGACAUUCCAGUGCAAGUGACGUCUGAGAUCCCCCAAGUCGCCAGUGAGCAUUUGACCCCAGUCGAUGCAUACAAACUUGUAUAUGGGAUUCGAGUUGUGCGAGAAAUUGCUGCGAGUUUAGCCAUGCAGGAGGUGGUGGGGGCGGAAGUGAUGCCUGGCGAAGGCAAGGCGACAGACGAAGAGUUGCUGGAGUGGGUGUAUACGUCAGUGUACCGCAACUCGCACUGGGUGGGGAGUGCCAAGAUGGGCACCACGGCAGACAACGGCGUAGUAAACCAGCGCCUCCAGGUGCUGAAUGUAUCGCGGUUAUACGUGGCGGAUGCUUCUGUGAUUCCCAUCAUUCCCAAUGGAAACGUGCAUUCGACGGUCGUCAUGGUGGCGUCGCAUGCAGCCACGCUGAUUGCACAAGACCUGGCGGCCCCGUGAUCGCUAGAAUAAAUAAUUUCAAUUUCACGAUAUAUCGCAGAUA